GGCGACCGACUUUUGCAAAAAGAAGCUCGAAGAAAUUUCGAUCCCGUGACAUCAUUGACGCUGGCUAUGAACCAACGCGUAUUUUUCCCUCAGCCCUAAAAGCCAGAGGUAUUUGCUCUUUACACCCAAAGUACUUUUUGCCAAUAAUGUCCCUUCAUCCCACCGUUCUCUGGGCUCAGCGAGCUGAUCUUCUGUAUGUCACUGUCGAAGUUUUCGAUAUUGAGAAACCAGAGAUCCACAUCGACAACCAAAAGUUCUCUUUCAAGGGAACAAGCAAGGAAAGCAAGCAGGAAUAUGCCGUAGAAUUGGAAUUCUAUGGUGAAAUCGACCCCGAGCAAUCCAAGCAGAACUUGACUGCACGUAACCUCCAGAUGGUAAUUUACAAGAAGGGCGGAGAAUCCGCAGGAUAUUGGCCACGUUUGUUGAAGUCCAGCCAAAAAGUCAACUUCCUCAAGACUGACUUUGCCAAGUGGAGAGAUGAGGAUGAUGAAGAAGAAGAGGAUGUCAACCCUGCCGACCAAUUCGGAGGCAUGGAUUUCAGCAGUUUGAUGGCUAACGCUGGAGCUGGUGGUUUACCAGGAAUGGAAGGUCUCGAGGGCGGUGAUAGCGAUGAUGAAGACGAAGAGAAGGAAGACGGUAAAUAAGUUUUCAUCAACAAAAUAAACAGGCACGCGGUCGAUGCUGAUGCAAUAAAUUCCUUGCACACAGAUGUUCCAGAGCUUGAGAACAGCCAAUAGUGUGUGUUAUUGAAAAAAGCAAGGCGCCGAAAAGCAAUUGGAAAUAAUAAUAAAAAAAUAUACACAGACGUCCCUUCCUGUUAUUUUUCUUUACGUAGCUAUUCGUUCCGUCGCUCUCGAUCCAAUUGUCCUAAUGAUGGCUACUACUUCAAAGGCACCAGACACCCCUAC